AGAGAGAGAGAGAGAGAGAGAAGGCAGCACCAGCCAAGCCAUUUCUCCCCCUCUCCUCUAACCUAUCUCACCAACUCGCAUCUAGAAGCAAUUUCCCUCUCUAUUUUCUCUCUCUCUGAGAGUCAAAAGGCUAUAAAGGUACGCCCAAAUCCCUCAGAAGGGCCGGCCUUACUGUUCCUGCAGCAACACGAAAAGCAAAACCGCCAUUUUCAGCAACCAUAACCACGCAGCCACUCGAAAAACUGAUUACUGAAACUGGGUUUUCGGUUUUGUGGUUCUGUUGUUGUUGUUGUUGUUGUUUUUCUUUUUCUUCCCUCCCUUUGUGGCUCUGUUUCAAUGGGUAGGUCUCCUUGCUGCGAGAAAGCGCAUACGAACAAGGGUGCGUGGACUAAAGAGGAGGACGAGAGGCUAAUCGCUUAUAUUCGGGCUCAUGGGGAGGGCUGUUGGCGCUCUCUGCCUAAGGCCGCGGGGCUUCUCCGGUGCGGCAAGAGCUGUCGAUUGCGAUGGAUUAACUACCUCCGCCCUGACCUUAAGCGCGGGAAUUUCACUGAGGAAGAGGAUGAGUUGAUAAUCAAGCUCCAUAGCCUUCUGGGUAACAAGUGGUCUUUAAUAGCUGGGAGAUUGCCCGGAAGAACGGACAAUGAGAUUAAGAAUUACUGGAAUACACAUAUUAGGAGAAAGCUGUUGAACAGAGGGAUCGACCCUGUUACUCAUAGACCCAUCAACGAACCUGCUCAGGAAGUGGCCUCCACGACCAUUUCUUUCUCUGCUUCUGAUGUGAAAGUGGAAGAGAAACCCACGGCUGCGGAGAGAGAACCCCAAAUUCAAGAACGAGAAACCCCAAUUCGAGAACGAUGUCCAGAUUUGAACUUAGAGCUCAGAAUCAGCCCACCGUAUCAGCCCCACGCUGAGAAACUUGGAGCCAAGAGCCUCUGUUUCGCCUGUAGUUUGGGAUUACAGAACAGUAAAGAUUGCAGCUGCAAAAUUGGUUGCAGUAUUGGCACUUCCAGUGGCAACAGUAGCAACAGUGGGUAUGAUUUUCUGGGCAUGAAGAAUGGGAUUCUUGAUUACAGAAGCUUGGAGAUGAAAUGAAGUGAGAUUGGGAUUGGGUUGUGUCUGAUUUGCAGGGAAAUGAGGAGUUAGAUUGGUAAUUAUAUUAGUCUGGAAUCUCUCCAAGUUUCUCACUUCCUCUGAUUUGUAAGAUUUCACAGUGCAUAUUGGUAUAGUAUGAUUAUGAGUACAGCUGAAGAAUUAGUGAAUAUUUUCCACAUAGUUGGAAGAAACAUAGUUUGAAACUUUUUUUUUUCUCUUUUCUUUUUUGCCCCCCAGAGGUUUUCCUUUCUCUGUAGAGAAGUAUAAACUUUUCCUUUCUUUUUGUAUCCCAUUUUGGCUGACUGAUAUAAAGAAGAAUGAAUCAAGAUCCCCUUCAGGAUCUUUCUCUUGAUGGGUUUGGAAAUUUAA